AAGCGCUAACCAUACAUUUCUACAGAUUGACGACGAGUGAGAAAUACCGUGACUAGGCAUUAAUUCUUCUCCAAUCUGUAUGUUUUAAAAGUGUGUGUGCAACUGAAAGGUGGAAGAAUACCAAAAAUUUAAACUUGAUAUCUAGACCGUUAAAAAAUGUAACCUUUAUUUAACUUCAAUUACUGGCUUCCUCAUUACUCGUUUACUGUUUGAUGUGAUAUAAUUAUAACCCAGCGUUAUCACUAAUUACGAACGUAAAUUUAUAUCAAAUACUGAAACUAAAAGUAAUAAAUUUGUGAUUUAUUGUUGAAAAAAUGGAAGUUGAGGGUUAUACACAAUUCCCCAGACAUGAGGUUUCAUUUAAAUGGAAAGUAGACAGAUUAAUAGGAUUAAUAGAAGCUGCUAGUGCUGAUAAACUUGACAAAACACUUGAAUCGCCACAAUUUUCAGCACGAUCACAGUUGAAUCUUAAAUGGCAUCUAGAGCUAUAUUUACAUAACCACGAUCAAACAGCUAACAAAGGAUGGGCUGAAAUAAGAUUAUAUUUGGAUGAUGGAGCGAGCGCAGUAAGAGCAGAAGCUACGUUUUUCAUGUUGAAUAGUGAAAAACAAAGAGUGUUUGUUGUAGCACCGUUUUGCAGAAACUUUAAAGUUGGUAGAUUUUGGUUUUGUAAUCGUUUUUUUGAAAUAAACAAAUUGUUGAAAAAUAAAGAUGAAUACUUGUCUGACAACAUGGUGACGAUUUGCGUUGAUCUUGUGAUAUAUGACAAUGAAACAUCAAGUUUGAUUGAAAAUGAAUUUAAAUUUUCAAAACGUAGAAUUGUUGAUGAUCUUGAAGAACUUUUUGACAGUAAACUAAAGAGUGAUGUAGUUUUGAUAGUAGGUGAUAAAAAAAUAAAAGCUCAUAAAAGUAUUUUGAUAGCACGUUCUCCUGUACUUGCUGCAAUGUUUAUGCAUAAUACAGUUGAAAAUAAAAACAAUGAACUAAAUAUUGUCGAUAUAAAAGCUGAAAGAAUUGAAAAAAUGAUCAAGUUCAUUUACACAGAUAAAGUUGAAAAUAUUGAUGAUGAUGCUGAAUAUUUACUCGAAGUGGCUGACAAAUACCAGGUGCAAAUGUUGAAAGAAUUGUGUGAAAAAUCACUUGGUAAGUCAGUGACUACUGAAAAUGCUGUAAAAAUUAUGAUUUUAGCAGAUCGCCAUAAUGCUAAGCAGUUACUAGCAUUUGUUAUCGAUUUCAUAGUUACUAAUGCCAAAGAUGUGAUUGAAACGAACGAUUACAAGCUCAUGGAAAAAUCAAAUUUUCAUUUAUUAUCAACGUUAUUUAAAAAAAUCGUUGAUUCAACAAAAUUAAAUGAUAGCAAAUCUUAAAUUAUUGAUAAGACAACUGGGAAGAACAUGAUAGUAAUUCAAUUAAGGGGUUAGGGGUAGUCAGAAUUUUCAAAAAAUCGAUUUUUUUUUUUUUGCAUUUUCUUAAAGUAUAAUAUUUUAAAAAUAUUGUGUGAAAAUUUGAAGUGAAUCCGACAAAUUCUUUUCGAGUUAUUUAACAAUGACCAAAGGACGCUCGGGUGCUACGUGGCAUUCGAGUGCAGGUAGCUAGAAACAGCUGCAAGCAACCGACCUUUCGGGUUUCAUUGUCAUGAAUAUCUCCCCAUUUUAAUGUAGUACAAGAACUGAAAAAUAAUUUUUGGUUGCCAGUAUACCUGUAGUCGUUGCACUGAUCAGUCGAUAGUUUUGUGAUAAAUUAUUUCUCAAGUGAAUUAAAUUAUUAACCAUGGGACGUGAUUCUAGAAAGGUUUCAAGAGAACUUCGGAGUUCUGAAAAAAUUAAUAAGUCGCGUUCAGUCAAAAGAAAGAAUGUUUUUAAUCCGAAAACAGCCGAACGUGAUGAAAGUAUUCAGAGUACAUCUUCUAAAAAAUUAAAACAAAACACUGAAGAUGAUGUACCUGAAGACAGCAGUACUGAAUUUCGAAUAAUAAAUUUUAUUCAGGUAUUCACUGCAAUUUCUGCUCUUAUAAAAUGUAAAAAAUGUGAUGGAAAUGUAGUGUUUCAAACAGCAAGUACACGUGGGCUGGGAUUCAAAAUUGUAGUUGCAUGUAAUAACUGUGGAAAUGAAUAUAUUCCUUCCUGUUCUUUCGUUGGGCAUUCUUAUGAAAUAAACAGACGUUUCAUUUUUGUAAUGAGAAUACUAGGAAUAGGAUACGAAGGAUUGUGCAAGUUUUGCGGCCUGAUGGACAUGCCGUCUUUUUUAGAUAAAUCUACGCAUACAAUUUUACUGAAACAGAUUUUGAAUUGUAGUAAAGCCGUCGCAGAAACCUUCAUGACGAAAGCUGUGAAUGAAGAAAAGCAAGCAAUGCCAACAACUGAAAAUGAAGAUAUAAAUCAUCUAACUGUAUCGGGAGAUGGAACCUGGCAAAAACGGGGAUAUACAUCGUCAUUUGGAGUUUCUUCUAUAAUUGGCUAUUUUACUGGAAAGAUUCUUGACAUAAACAUUAAAAGUGCAUAUUGUAAGCUAUGUGAGUAUUGGAAAAAAAAAACAAAUACUGUUGAGUUCGAGGAAUGGUAUCAAUCGCAUGAAGAUGUGUGUUCUGCUAAUCAUCAAGGGUCUUCUGGGAAAAUGGAGGUGGAUGCGAUGGUCGAAAUGUUUUCGUAUUCUGAAACUAAAUAUGGAGUUAAGUAUGCCAACUAUAUUGGUGAUGGUGACUCCAAGACCUAUUCAGGAAUUAUAAAAUCAGAUCCUUACGAAAAUACAACUGUAAAUAAAAAGGAAUGUAUAGGGCAUGUCCAAAAGCGGAUGGGGAGUCGAUUACGUACGCUGAAGAGUAAACAAAAAGGUCUUGGUGGUCGAGGUAAGCUCACAGGAAAAUUAAUAGACAAACUAACUGUGUACUAUGGUUUAGCAAUACGCCGGCAUUGUGAUUCUAUUGAAAAUAUGAAAUCUGCUAUAAUGGCAACCUUUUAUCACUACGGCUCGAGUGAUGAAAAACCGAAUCAUGAUAUGUGUCCAAAAGGCGAAGAAUCUUGGUGCUCUUACCAGCGCGCUGAAGCAAGAGGAGAGCUUGAUACCUUUUCUCACGAUUAUUCUCCUUUACCUUCUGAUGUUUUAAAAGCUAUCAAGCCUAUAUACGAAGAUCUUAGUAAUGAAAAUUUACUUUCAAGAUGUGUAGGUGGAUUCAAUCAGAAUAAUAAUGAAAGCUUUAACCAACUAGUAUGGAAAAUAUGUCCAAAAACGGUAAAUACUAGUUUUACUAUCGUACAAAUAGCUGCAUACGUUGCUAUGUGUAUAUUUAAUGAGGGUAUAAAUUCAUUAUUAGUCUUGAUGAAUACACUAGGACUUAAUUGUGGGCCUAAUUCUCAUCGGUAUGCAGAAAGAAUGGAUGCUGCACGUAUCAAAGUAGCAGAUAAGCGCGCUAAUGAUAACACCCGAGAAGGUCGAUUGCAACGUAGGCACCAGCAAAUCGAUAUUUUGGAAGCUGCUAUGUCGGCUGAAGAGCUAUUAUAUGGUCCAGGAAUAGAUGACUCAGUAUGAAUCUCCAAGGACUUAUGAUGAUCACCGCAAAGGACUUCGGGAGGAACGGGCUCUACAAAAACAGCGAUAACUUUUUGAAUUAUUAAUUUUUUUUUUUGAAAUUUUCGUGAAGUCAAAUCGAAACGUGUUCUAAUAAAGCUAUGUUUUUAUUUUUGUCAAAUAAAGUAAUUAACUACAAAAAAAAAAUUAUUGAAAAUCA